AUGCAGCUCUCCAACCUCACUCUUGCUCUUGUGGCCUUCGGCGCUACCCUUGGUGAAUGCAACGGUAACUCCUGCAAAAUUGCGGGAACCAACAGGGAGUGCGAGGACGGCAAAUUUUGCAGUGCACGGGUGAAGGUGGUGGCGAUGGAGCCAUCUGUGGACAGCACUGGGAUGCCCGAACUCAAUGCCCUGGCAAAUAAAGUCUUUGAGACUUUACUGCGAGGUGACUCCGGUCCGCAUCGAGGGAGGUGA